AUUUUUUCUAUCCGCACCUCUUACACGUCUCUAAUAGGCCUUAACACUUGGUUGCAUAGAAGCCUGUUAAAUUUUAACCGUGAUUCCACGCCUCAAGAACCAAUCAGAAAAUACUUCUUCCCAAUAAAUCCUUGUAUUGAUUCUCAUGACAUUUAAUAAUGUUUAAAAUUUAACAGGCUUGUGUGCAACCAAGCCUUGAAAAAUUAUUUUCUCCACAGUAAAAUAGUUAUCAGCUGAUAAAAUCUAUCAGCUAUGAAUAUUCUAUUUACAAUGUGAUACAUUUCAAUAUAAUUCAUUCAAAAUCUCGUCAAUCUCAGUACAAGAAUCGGAAAUGGUUUAAUCAAAAUCAACUAAUCGAAAAUGACGGACGUAUCUGAUACAUUUCAAGUAAGGCUCGAGGAAGAGUCUUUUAAUUUGUCUGUGUUGUGUAAUAGAUGGCAAUCUGUUCUUGAUUCAACCGGGAGUAUUCCCAAGGAAAUGGAAGAUGAAAUACGAGGUGCUGUAGGUCAGACCAAAUUAUUGGUAAAUGAAAAAUUAAAGCAGUUCAAAGACCUCCUGAAGAAGUUCCAAAAAGGCGAUACUGAUGAGAGUAUAACGCCUAAUGAUCUCGAAGGAUUUUGGGAACUUGUUCUAAUACAGGUCAAUGACGUGAAGGGUAAAUUUUCGAAACUGGAACAUUGGAAGAAAGGGAAAUGAAUAGAUAAGUGGAAAUAAUAUGAGAUGUGAAAAAGAAAUAACUAAUCUUCUUUCCUUCUCACAUCAUCUAUGAAAUAUGUAACAUGAAACACUAAAAUACGACUUAGAAAAAUUUAUAAAUUGCAAACAAGUGAUAAGUCUGUACUAGUACUUUGAAUCUGUCAAAUUAAAUAAAUAACAGAGGAUAAUAAAA